UGCGCGGCCCGCUAGCGUCUCACCAUGGUGACGGGCAGCUGUGGUCCUGGGGUGGCAAUGGCCGCCAGGUCUGUCCGCUCCGUAGCGACUGUGACCGUAUUCCUCUUAUUGGUAGUGCCUCGAGUCUCACAGACUCAGACCUUCUUUUUCCCUUUCCAGCAACCAGAGACAUGCGGUCACAACCAGUACUUCGAUAUCUCCGCGCUCUCCUGUGUGCCGUGUGGAGCUAACCAGAUGCAGGAUGCCGGAGGAACUUCAUGUGUGUGUCUACCAGGAUUUCAGAUGAUCUCUAAUAAUGGAGGACCUGAUAUUAUUUGUAAGAAGUGCCCAGAAAGCAUGAAAGGUGUUACUGAAGAUGGCUGGAACUGUAUUUCUUGCCCUGAUGGCUUAACUGCAGAAGGAAAAUGCCACUGUCCUACUGGCCAUAUCUUGGUGGAAAGAGAUGUUAAUGGAACAUUGUUGUCCCAAGCAACUUGUAAGCUCUGUGAUGACAGUGAGAACUCUUUUACGGUAGCAAAUGCUUUAGGAACCAGGUGUGUCCGAUGUGAACCAACAUUCAUUAAUACCAGCAGGUCCUGUGCAUGUUCAGAGCCUAACAUUUUAACAGGAGAAUUAUGUUUCAGCAGCACAGGGAAUUUUCCCCCACAUAUGAUUUCAACUGCACGUUAUGGAGAGCUUGGCAAGUCUUUCACUUCAGAAUGGUUUGCAAAGUAUUUGCAGUCAUCAGCAGCUGCUUGUUGGGUGUAUGCCAAUCUUACAUCUUGCCAAGCUCUUGGAAAUAUGUGUGUGAUGAACAUGAAUUCUUACCAUUUUGCCACUUUUGAUGCCUGUCAGCUAUUUCAGUUUAUCUUUGAAAAUACUGCUGGACUGCACACUGUUCAUUCCAUUUCAUUUUGGAGACAGAAUCUUCCAUGGCUGUUCUUUGGAGACCAGCUAGGAUUAGCACCUCAAGUACUCAGUACUAUACCUCUUCCUACAAAUUUCAGUUUUAAAGGGGAAAACCAGAAUACAAAACUGAAGUUUGUUGCUGCCUCCUACGAUGUAAGAGGAAAUUUUCUCAAGUGGCAGACUUUAGAAGGAGGUGUUUUACAGCUUUGUCCAGACACAGAGACAAGACUAAAUGCUGCUUAUUCUUUUGGGACAACCUAUCAACAGAAUUGUGAGAUUCCUAUCUCUAAGAUCUUAACUGACUUUCCCACUCCUACAUUUUAUGAUGUGUACAUUGAAUAUACUGAUGAAAAUCAACACCAAUAUAUUUGGGCUGUGCCUGUGUUAAACUUAAAUCUUCAGCACAAUAAAAUAUUUGUGAACCAAGACAGCAACUCUGGCAAGUGGCUCCUGACUCGGCGUAUCUUCUUAGUGGAUGCACUAAGUGGACGAGAAAAUGACUUAGGAAGUCAGCCACGAUUAAUUCGAGUUGCUACCCAAAUCUCACUAAGCAUCCACCUUGUACCCAACACAAAAAAUGGAAACAUCUACCCCCCCUUAAUUACCAUUGCCUACAGCGACAUUGAUGUCAGCGAUCCCAACAGCCAAUCUGUGAAGGUUUCUUUCUCAGUCGAAUAUGAAAUGGAUCAAAAAGAAGCACAUAUCCAGACAGAUAUUGCUUUGGGUGUGUUGGGUGGACUAGCUGUUUUGUCAUCUCUCUUGAAGACAGCAGGGUGGAAGAGACGCAUUGGAAGUCCCAUGAUUGAUUUACAGACCGUUAUGAAAUUCUUGUUUUACUAUGCCGGUGAUCUGGCCAAUGUUUUCUUUACCAUCACUUUGGGAACUGGUCUUUACUGGCUUAUCUUCUUCAAAGCACAGAUGUCUGUCUCUGUUUUGCUACCAACGCCGGCUCAAGAAAAACGUUUUGUUACUUACGUGGGAUGUGCUUUUGCUCUGAAGGCUCUGCAGUUUUUGCAUAAGCUCUUCUCCCAGAUCACCAUAGACAUAUUCUUCAUCGAUUGGGAGCGACCUAAAGGGAAGAUUCUUAAAGCCGUUGAAGGUGAGGGUGGUGUUCGGAGUGCUACUGUUCCCGUGAGCAUAUGGAGAACAUAUUUUGUAGCAAAUGAAUGGAAUGAAAUUCAGACUGUGAGAAAAAUUAACCCACUCUUUCAAGUACUUACCGUCCUCUUCCUUUUGGAGGUUGUGGGAUUCAAGAACUUAGCAUUAAUGGACUCAUCCUCUAGUCUUUCCAGAAGCCCACCUAGCUACAUAGCUCCUUACAGCCGCAUUUUGAGAUAUGCAGUGUCUACUGUUCUUUGGCUAGUCAUUGGAAUUAUACAGAUCAUGUUCUUUGCUGUCUUUUAUGAGAGAUUUAUAGAAGAUAAAAUUCGACAGUUUGUUGAUUUAUGCUGUAUGAGUAAUAUAUCAGUGUUUCUGUUAUCCCACAAAUGUUUUGGUUAUUACAUUCAUGGUAGAUCAGUACACGGGCAUGCUGAUACUAAUAUGGAGGAAAUGAAUAUGAAUCUUAAAAGAGAAGCGGAAAAUUUGUGUAGCCAAAGAGGGUUGGUACCCAAUACAGAUGGUCAGACUUUUCAGAUUGCAAUUUCUAGCCAGAUGAGACAACACUAUGACAGAAUUCAUGAAACACUAACAAGGAGAAAUGGCCCUGCUAGACUGUUGAGUUCAUCAGCAAGUACUUUUGAGCAGAGUAUAAAAGCAUAUCAUACUAUGAAUAAAUUUCUUGGCUCUUUCAUCGAUCAUGUUCAUAAGGAAAUGGACUACUUUAUAAAAGAUAAAUUGCUUCUUGAAAGAAUUCUUGGAAUGGAAUUCAUGGAACCAAUGGAAAAAAGUAUCUUUUACAACGAUGAAGGCUAUUCUUUCAGCAGUGUUCUGUAUUAUGGAAAUGAAGCCACCCUUCUUAUUUAUGAUCUGCUCUUCUUCUGUGUUGUGGAUUUGGCUUGCCAAAAUUUUAUUUUAGCAGCCUUCCUUACAUACCUACAACAAGAGAUGUUACUGUGACAAAAAGGCCAACCCUGGAGAUCUCACUCAGCCUCAGCCACUUUAACAUAUAACUCGCACACAUUCCCUACCUGCUUGGACGAAAAAACAGCUGCAGGGAUGGGUGUGGAGCCUGAAAUGGAGACUUCAAGAAAAGCUAAAUUUGUUCUAGAAAUGUUAUUAGUAAUAUCGCCCAACUAUUCCCCACUAUGUCACGGAAAUAUAUGUGUUAAUAAGAUAUAACUUAUUCAUUCUUGAUAGAGAUGUAGAAUUAUAAACAAAUUCUCUUCCUAGCGGUUCUUUUGAUGUUUCCAUAGCUCUUAGAGGAAACUUGCCUUGCCAAAUAUUUAAAAAUCUGUUGCCGUGAAUAUGAGAGGAUUUGUAUUACUAACUUAUAAAAUAUAUUCUGAAUAAGGACAUACACUGCUUCAGUAUUAUGAAAGAUGAUGGUAGUCUUGAAAUAAUUUUGUGUAUCACCAUAGAAUUCAGAUGUCAGAUGAAAAUAAACAGUUCAGAGAAUUAGCUAGCUUAAUUUAGAUGUUUUAAUUCAAGUGUACAUUUAAUUUCCUUUAUGUGUAUUUUUUCAUUCUAAAUUGUUUUGCUUUUUCUUCAGAUUUUUAGAUUUAUUCGUAAUACAGUAGGACAGAAGAAUUUGGCAUCCAAAACAUUGGUGGAUCAAAGAUUUCUGAUUUAGUUUACUGCCUAAAGACUAAUUUAUAAUCAUGGCAAAAAAAGUCAUGAUUAUCAGGUUAGUUUGCCAUAUUUUUUAAAGCUUAUAGUAUAGACUAUUCUAUUUUUAUUUGUUUUUUAAUCUAGAAAAAGAUUUAUUUUUAUAACUUGUAGACACAUAAUGUACUUUGUAAAUAUAUAAUGUGAUAUAAUGGAAAAUAUUUCUUUCCUAUUCUGCAUGGUAUUUAAUUCACCAGCUCAUAAAUAGAUCACUCUGACAGUGGGACCAAAAAAAAAAAAAAAAAAACCUCAGUGUUGCUUUCAGCAUAACACUUUUUAAAUAAUCAAAACAGUUCCCAAACUAGAUUUGCCUGUACUUUCUCACAUUGAAAAAAGUUUUGAUCCCAAGUUCAAGUCUUGUUUUCAAUUCAGUAUUUUCUUGUUUUAAAUAUUUUAAAUUCAAAUUUUGUUGAAAAUAUUUUCACGUUUACUUAGAAAUUUGAAAUUGUAGAUGGGCUGAUUCGGUUUGCCUCAUUUUAAUUGCCUAGCCUGUUUAGCCUCUCUGCUGAAUUAAUAGGCAUCAUAUGACAUGGUUUAUUCAUUCCUUUGUAUACUUAUUAGGUCAGUAUACUUUUUCCACGAAAUAUGUUUAUAUCUCUAAUAUCAUCUACAGUUAUUGAGCUGUAAUGUAUGACAUUUUCCCCAAUACAGUUUUUUAUACAUUUUAAUUAUUUAACAUUUUAAGAGCACUCCCAAAUUUUUGCUCUUCAAUUAUGUUUAAAGAUUGUAAAUAACUAAUCAACUGUAAAUGAUCAUGUUGUGUUAACAAGAUGAUUUAUUGAAAGCAAACUUAGGCUUCAUAAGUUAAUAGCCUUGUAUUUUUUUAAGUAAGGAAAAAAUGUGAGGAGCCAAAAUAUAAUUAAUGUAAAUCCUGAGUCAUGUAGCUAGUAAUUUUCCAUAAUAUCAUUUUUUCAAUAUACUCUAAUAAUCCUUUUCUUCGUGCACCAUGAACUUGAAAGCCACCUUAUUUCAGGUAUAAUGGUCAUUAACCCCCAAACCAAUGUUUCUUACUGCCUUCUAUGUUAAUGCUGUGUAAAUACUUACAUGUAAUGAUAUGUCAGUAUUGUUUAUAUUUCUGAACUGAAAAUAUAGAAUAAAAACUUCCUGUUUGAUUAA